CUGACCAAGUCGCGUCGUAUCGAGAAUUUCUUUUUACCAAUUGAUAAGUUCGGUGAAGUAGCGGGGCCCUAAUGACAUCCUUUGGACUAUAGGUGGCAAGUGGAAAACGGCACUUGAACACGUUCUGUCGUGGCUGCGUCUCCAGAAAGUGAAAUACGAAGGCUUUUAACUGAUUAAUCAGUAAACGUUAUCGUUCAGAGUAAUUGAUUUAUCUGUCUGAUAACCAUAGUCAAAGGAAAAUAAAGCCAAUACUCUGUUCAUUACUAACGAAAUGGCUGCAUCGGCCUUUAUGGUUUUAAGGUAUUGUUACCUGGACCGCAACAAGGAAAGGGUAACCUCAGGCUCCCCGAAUCUUUCAUCAUGAUACAGAAGGUUUUCACAUCAGAUAAAGGGAUUAAGUCCAACAACAGUCACCCUGGCGAAUCAGCAGCCCAUUCCCCGAGGGAAUGUUAAGGUUUGAGGUAUAGGAUUUCCUGGAAAUGUCGUGCCUAUUCCCGAAAUCACCACGAAGAAAUCGCUGAAAUUCUGCACAAGCGCACAAUAUACUGCUUGUUAUGAUGAAUGAUCAAGGUAAAGUAAUUUGAAGAUGGACACAACCAUCACUAGCAACAUUGGUAAAGACUGGGGGGUAAAGACCAAGGAGAACCCAUCACAAGAUAAUUACUGCCGAGAUAGCAUUACUAAUCCAGAAUCGGAUUUUUUGAUUGGAAUAUGGGCUCGAAGAAGUGGGUGCGGUCGAACUUGACCAGGACGUAUUUGAUUAGAACGACGUUGGGUUUAAAUGAGGGUAACUAUUCCUUUGAAUGCACAGUCAGGUCAGGGAUCGUUGAUGAUGCUCAUGUUAUGGAGGCAUUGGGCUCAGCGGCUAAACGCCUUUUUUGAGUCACGUAAUACAUAUUUAUUUCGUGGAUUUGAGGUUUAACAUGACCUUAUUGUGUGACCUUAUGGCAGAGAACUUGCUGACCUGCCUCCGAUCAACAAUGGAACUUGAUUAGACUUUGUGGUGAACAGAAACACGGUAACUCAGUCAGUGCUGAUUUCAACACGAGAAGACCCCUGGCAUCAAAGAACACUGCCCAGGAAUACCGCUGGAGACUGGAAAAUGUGGGCGAUGUUGAAAUCUUUCAUUCUGAUGUUCCUUCUUCUGACGGAGAAUUGUAGCAAUUCGAAAGGCCAAACGACUGAUGGAAAUUCGAACGUCGGCGCCGGAGACCCUAACAGCUAUCUCGAGCCAGACAUAAUCGAAACUCUCAAAUGCAACGCCUCCUGCACAGAAGAUUCAUGUCAUUCAUACAGCGCAGUGGAGGAAAAGCAUUGUCAUUGUGACGAAAUAUGUACCAAGUUUAAGGAUUGUUGUCACGGUUUUGAAAUAUGCCGCAACGUGACUCAGGAAACUCCUGGUGUCCUAGAACAUGUGACACGAUUUCUGCCUUACAUGAGGUGCGAAGAUAUUAUUACAUCGCGUGGCUAUAUCAAAUUUCAGCUGAUUUCAAAAUGUCCGAAAGGUUUUCGCGAUGACGAAAUCGCCAAAAGGUGUCUUUUUUCUCCUCGAGGCUGGAAGGGCGUCCCCCUUACUGAUGGUAUUGUUUCUUUUAAGAAUAUCAACUGUGCCAUAUGUCACGAGAAAUGGAAAGAUGUAGAACCCUGGACGCUCAAGAGAAACUGCAACACAACUAAUUGCAAAUUUUACUUUUAUGACGAACCGGAUGAAACUUUACCAAUUUUCAAAUCCUACUCUAUUGCAGUCCGGCCAUGUUUCCUUUAUCGGCCAACGCCGAUACAGGAAUGUUCUAUGAACGAAUCUGAUCAUUUGAUGAAUGCUAUUCCAAUAAGCUCACUGAAGAGUUGUGGGAUUUAUAAUGUACCUUUGAAAUACGGAAAGAGACUUGGGAUUCAAUACAAAGAUGUCAAUUGUUUUCUUUGCAAUGGCUUAAACAACGCCACGAAUGUAUCAUGUAGUCAACCAGUUUUUAAAGCAAAACUCUCAGCAGGGCAUGGUUCAGGAACAUCCUUGAAGGUCCUCUUGGAUACUUCACAGCUCACUGCAACAGUCUGUACCGAGUGGGAUCUGUUCGACGUCGACUUGGGCGAGUGUCAACCAGUCGUCUGCAGCGAAGGAUAUAUUUUCAACAAUGGAGACUGCCGGAAGUUAGUCUAUCUGACAUUGAACUUCUCAAACGAUUCCCAGUUGCCAACAGAAACAACAGCUUUAGAGAGACAAUUAAUGCAAAGCAUUGGUAUUGGUAGCAGUGAAAAUAGUCCAUUAGGGUCAAAGGAGAGCACAUUUCUCGAUACAGGUAAUGAAACACAAUUCUUGGUCGAGUUCUUCUCUCGUAAAUCGCUGUUAUUCGGUCCUUCUGAUUUGGAUUUUCUUGUUUUUAACCUCAACACUUUUUUCUUUUGUGGAAAAGACGCUGGAGUCGUCGCGUAUGAGGCUCGUUCAAAUCCAGCAUUGGCCUUCAUGGAGUGUACUGAGAAGCACCACGUUGCCCUUGGUUCUCGCGAGAGACGGAAUAGGGGUAUUCUGGCCAAUAUUUCCAAGGAACCUUUUUGGAAAAUAUCCGGUGAUGAUGCUACGCUGAAUCUGACAUCAUUCCUGUGUGCAAAUGCCUCAAGUCUAUCAUGCCCGAAAGUUCUUUACCCAAAGGAGAGUUACGAGUGGAAAGAUGACACCCCUAUCAUUGGGCAAUCGUUCUACCUUCAACCGAAUCAGUUUGAAAUCGUCGAAGACUACGUCUUCAUCUGUCGCGACGCACUCAUUGAGAAGUGGUCUCUAUUUCAAGGGUUUAUGACUGAUGAUCGUAUCCAAGGCAUUGCAACUCUGAUUGGUAGUUCUCUUUCUUUAGCAGGCCUGGCGUAUACUUUUCUAACAUACACCCUUCUGUCACCACUGAGGACCCUCCCAGGCAAAAUGUUAAUGCAUCUUUGCGUAGCGCUGUUUUUGGCGCAACUGCUCUUCCUGACGGGUCUCAAUAGGACAACUGACCAGGGAGUCUGCAAGGCAAUUGCUAUGGUCGAGCAUUAUCUAUGGCUGGCAUCGUUUCUCUGGAUGAACGCCAUUUCUUGGAAUACUAUGAAGACCUUUAGCUCCAAUGGUUUGAAGAACCACAGUAAGAAGAGAAAGUCACUUCUCUUUGGCAUCCUUUACAGCUGGGGCACUCCUUGUCUAAUCGUCAUGGCUUGCGCUGUCAUCGAAUUCACCACCUUAGGUGGGUUUCGAGUCGGGUACGGCAAUACUGAUGUAUGUUGGAUCUCUAACCCUUAUGCUCUCUUGUUUGCUUUCGCCCUACCAGUAGGCCUCGUAAUCCUUGGGAACACUUUCAUGUUUUCUUACACCGUCUACAACAUAUUUCGAGUAACGCAGGUUGCGAAGUUAUCUAAAGCGGAGAAAGAGAACCACCAACGUAUCUGGCUGUACGUCAAGUUAUCAUCGGUGAUGGGUCUGACCUGGAUGUUUGGGUUUCUUGCCUCUUUUGUUGGUUCACCAGCCUUGUGGUACGUUUUCAUUGUGUUUAACACCACGCAGGGUGUGUUGAUUGGGGCAGGAUUCUCUAUGAACAAGCGUAUAAUAAGAAUGUACUCCAGUGAGUACAGCGUCACGUCCUCUUUCAAAUCUGAUGAUAGUGCCAAAUCAAAUUGUAUGACUAUUUCGUCGGUGUCGUAGGUCGAGUCACUAGA